AUGGCACGCUCUGUGCCGCGCACACUGACUACAGCCUCACACGCGCACCCCGAGCCUUUCUCCGCCGAGGACCAGCUCACAUCUCCCUCACCCAACUCAUCUCCCGACUCGCGUCCCUCAAUCCGCCUCAUCACGACCUCUUCUAGCCCUCCCGCCUCCCCAAGCCCUUCCACGCACCUGGCCUCCCGCCCCGCGCUGCCCAACCGCCGCCGCUCGACGACCCUCUCCGCUCCCGACGCCCUCGCUCGGACCUCGUCGUCGAGCGGGAGUGGAUCGACUCUGCGUCCUGUCCCGCGUGGUGUGGGAGGGCCCCUCGCGCAUAGGAGGAGUUUCUCCGAGGCGCUUUCGGCUGCGUUCGUCUGGACUCGAGCGGGAGACUUGACGGACGAACUUGUGGAUUCAACUGGUCUUUCCUCCCUCCCUACCUCGUCCGUUCCUCCCAUCGAAGCGCCCAUCCCCGCUUCAACCGCUCCUCAGCCGCGCAAGGUUAAAAACACGCACUCAAUCGACCUCCUCCGCCGCGCUUCGACACUCUUCCAUCCCUUGUCGUCCUCCUCGCUUCGCAAGCCCCUUCCUACGACGGUUGGUACGCCCCACAAGAUUCGUAGCACGCCUCAUAAGCGCGCUACGGGCAAGGAGAAGGAGAAGGCGAAGGGGAAGGGGAUGGUGAGGAGGUGGGUUAAGGAGAAGGUCGUCAAGGCGAAGAAAGGGUUUGGCAGGAUCAGGCGCGCUGGAGGGGAGGAGCUGACGUCCGGCGAACCUGUGAGCGCGACUAAGGGAGGAGCAGGCCAGUCCGAGGAGGGAUGGGAGAACGAGGACGAGACAGACAUCGAGGGCGAGUGCGCGACCGUCACGGCCAAAUCGAAGAAGCGUCCGAGGGUGAGCGGGGCGUCGACCAUCAGGCAGAGCGAAGUGUUCGCAGGUGGGAACGUCUCUUCGCCUUUCUCGCCGUCAAUGAGGAAUCGCAAAGGCUAUCCCGCCAACCUCUCGGCCUCCCUCUCCCGCCGCUCGACGAUCCGCCGCGACCCCCUCCCCUCCUCAAGUCCCUCAACCCACUCCUUCCGCUUCAUCGCCACCUCCGCCCGCAAACGCCAACGCCUCAAGCGUCCCUCGCUCUCUACCUCGACGACCUCCUAUUCGCGCUUCGUCGAGAUCCCGAAGAGGGAAGGGAGUGUCUUGGAUCGCCCGAGGCCGGUCGAGAGGAGCGAGGCGUUGAGGAUGAGGAUGAGUCUGAACAGUUUGAGGUCCUCGGUUGGAGUGGCAGGAGAGGGGGCAAGGAGGUCGAGGAUUGUCAGUACCGUCUAUGAGAGCGCGAGCGCGAGGAUUGAGGAGCCGACGAGGGAGGUGGACGAGGAGGAUCCGCUCAAGGAUCUUUUCGGCAGCAGCGACGACGAGGUCGGAGGGAAUGCGCAGAUCUUCCCCGUCCCUUCAGCUGACGAGCACGUCUCCCUCGCUCCGCAUCUCGAGCCUUCUCGCUUCGUCCGCUCCGCCGCUCCUUCCCCCGCUUCCAUUCGCACUGCUCGUCGCUUUGCCUCUAUGCCGGCUGGGGUCGUCAUCGACGAGCCUAACGGGACCGCCUCGGAACUGUGGCAGACCAGGCUCGAGCGUACGAAGGCGACGAGGAGGUCGAGGAGGAACGACGCCUUGACGCCCUUCUCGCCCAUCGACGCUUCGGAGCUCUCAAAGUCCUCCUCAAUGGAGCGCAAGCACCGUCGGUCGCGUUCCGCCGGCAUCCUCGACGUUCCGUCCGUCGACUUGGGUUCGAGCACGAAUACGAUCCAGGAGCUCACGCAGGUGGUCGACGGCGAGAUCGAACGCGCGAGCUGGCGCGACGGAUCCGAGCAGGAGGAGGAAGACUGGACGAGCGCGGACGAGGCUGACGAGUUUGGUCGAGGCGAGAGGUCAACGUUCGUCAAGUACCGCGACUUCGCCACGCCGAUCGUCUCACACCAUGGCGACGCGUACUCGACUACCGAGUCCGAGGUUGGAUCGCCUUACAAGGACGCACCGGAGGACGACUCGAUCCUCUUCACCUCGCCUACCGCGCUCGACUUUCCCGACCCCGACAGUGAAAGCGAGUCGGAUGUCGCUUCCGCGCUUGUCGUCCCUGCACGGCGCUCGUCGAAGGAAGUCGUUCGCAAGGGUUCGCUGGCGGAUCUCACCAAUACGCGACUGUCGCCCUCGCCCACGAGCGACGUCGUCUUCCCGCGCAACUCGCUUUCGUCGCCAACCGAGUCGAAGUUUCAGAUCUCGCCGAUUCAGCCCAUCUCGCCGUUCAAGUUUGGCUCGCCGUUCAAGAAGGUUGGCGAGUUGAUCAGCGUCCAUGAGGAGAAGGUCCGCCUUAGCAACGUUCCAGGAGGGUGGUCUCCUCGCUCUCCUCCCGUCCAUGCCUCUUUCACGUCGUCCUCGUCGAGCGCCUCCGUCGACCAGUCCUUCGACCAGCCUUCUUCCUCCCCUACCAUCCGCACCUACUCCUCGCCCACCCCAGCUCCCCCGAACAGUCCCACCGCUCUCACCCUCUCACCUUCCUCGACGCUCAGCGCCGCACUGCUCAAGAAGACCGCCGCAAUGGUAUUCGCUACGCCGCCUGCUGCGAGGGACGGCGAAGGGCUGAAGAGGACGGUUAGGCCCGGGUCGCCGGCUUCGAAGGCGAAGGCUAGGGUCGCGGUAGGGGCAGAGGGGACGUGGGAGAUCUACGAAGACGAGAAGCUCGCGGAUGAGGAAGAGCAGCUUAAGGAAAGGGAAGUCGUGCGCGGACUGAGGCGCUCCGACAGAGACGCGAAGUCGGCAGCGGACGCUUCUCGUGUGCCGCUCACGGACAAGGAGAACCUCGUCGGCGUGACGAGGUCGUAA